UACUGCCCGCGUCGGCAUGACGCAAUGACGCAAAUCCGGAAGAGCUCGGUCAGGGAACGCGUCCACCCGGAAGUGGUCAGCGGGCGGCGGGGCCGGCGGGGCCGGCAGCGGCGGCGGCGGCGUUGUUGAAGGAGGCGGCGGCGGCGGCGGUGGUGGUGCCAGGAUGGCGGGAACAGCGCUAAAGCGGCUCAUGGCCGAGUACAAGCAGCUGACGCUGAACCCGCCGGAGGGGAUCGUGGCAGGCCCGAUGAACGAAGAGAACUUUUUUGAAUGGGAAGCCUUGAUCAUGGGCCCAGAAGACACCUGUUUUGAGUUUGGGGUUUUUCCUGCCAUUCUGAGCUUUCCCCUGGACUAUCCGCUGAGCCCCCCAAAGAUGAGGUUCACCUGUGAGAUGUUCCACCCAAACAUUUACCCCGACGGCAGGGUCUGCAUCUCCAUCCUGCACGCGCCCGGAGACGACCCCAUGGGCUACGAGAGCAGCGCCGAGCGCUGGAGCCCCGUGCAGAGCGUCGAGAAGAUCCUCCUGUCCGUCGUCAGCAUGUUGGCAGAGCCCAAUGACGAGAGCGGCGCCAACGUCGACGCUUCCAAAAUGUGGCGGGAUGACCGAGAACAGUUUUAUCGAAUCGCCAAGCAGACUGUUCAGAAGUCCCUCGGGCUGUAGGGCCCCUCUCUCCGCUCUCCCCCUCCCCCCUCCCCCAUCGUCCCAGGGCUGCGGCCCCCCCAGAACUGCCGGCUGGGGGCCGGGGCCCAGCCAGAGGAGCCAGAGCAGCCCGCGUCCCUCUCCUUCCUCCUUGCGCGCUCCUUUCCGUAGAUGGACGGACGGACGGCCGGCGGCUUCCUCACGGAGCCUUCUCCCUCCUGACCACCUGCAGAUUCCUCACAAAGAGCCGGCCACCUGGGCCCUGACCUUCUUGGGACUGGUGGGACGCCAGGCCUUCCCGCUCUCUUGGAGUCAGCGCGAUGAGGCUCGGGAGCCCGCAGGAGGGGCUGGACGCCAGAGUGGCUUCCCAGUCACUUGGCGUGUUACACACAUGUGCCACGUGGGGGACGUGUAUUCUGCCGUCAGAUUCUGUCCUGACAAUUUGACAAAUAUAUGUUUUCUUAUCACCCAGCGGCGUGAGCUUUCGCGGUGUAGAUGACCGUCCGGUCCAGGUUCUUGGCCCUCUUCACACUGUGGGGCGACACCGGGUGGGGCGCAGCGGCCAGAUAGGAAGCGCCGGGAGAAUCUGCGCCACAGACUGGCGGCGGCGGGGCGGCUGUCCCCGAAGAGUCAGGUUCCCGCUGCAGGGGACGGCGCCGUCCUGGAGCUGCCGGGGCUGGGCUGAGGCUCGCCCAGAGGCGGCCCGGGCCGCCGGGGGCCUCCGCGCGCCCAGCCCCGGCGUGACUGCCCCGUGGGGCUCUCUGGACACUUUCAGGUCUGCAGCCCGGCUCAGAGCUGAGCUUCCAAGCAAUAACAGGGUCGGCGCCUGCGGGGCAGCUCCCGGGGCCGCCGACCCGAUUCCAAGAGCCGUUUCUAUUUUUGAAAUACGAGAAAUAAAGGGUGUGUCUGAGCGCUUCGGACAGAGAUUUCCUUGACCUUAUUUUGGUUUUCCCUUCGGCGUCGAAGCCGACGGCCCUUCCCUCCCCCUCCCCCUUUGAGGGGGCUCCUGCGGAGACCCCGCGCCCUUGUUGCCAGGAGGGAGUUUCUUGGGUUUGGAGUGGAAGACUGUGCUGGGGAUGGGGAAGUGGCUAGACCAGAGCCCGCCAGUGAGGCUGCCAGUGUCUGGGCCCCAGAGCUCAGAGGCCAGGCCGGAGGAGCAGGGAGGAGGAAGGCCAGUCUGGGUGGGUUGAGGCGGCUGACGGGAUCCCAGGAUGACUUUGGGCGUUCGUUUGUGUUUGUUUUGGGCCCCAGCCCCAUGCAGCCCCCUUAUUUGGUGGCUUUGUUAAGAAUAAAGUUCGAUGUUGACCCUC